UCCAUUCGUUGUUAUCCGUCGACUGUCGUCGACGUUCUCUGUUCCCUAAAGAGUAUAGAUCAACACUAAUUUUUCGUGUCCGUGACUAUAGCCAGAGUAUUUUCCCUUUACUUAAUUUUCCAUGUUAUAGUAUUAUACAGGUAUACUUAGUACUUUACAGUAUAAACAUUUUAAAUUUCUGUUCGAUACUUGAUGUCACUUCAUUCAUUGGCGUGUUACCAUCCGCCAAAUUCAAAAUUUAUUUAUGAUGGUACCUUUUUGUAAAAAAUAUAUAUUGAACUUCAAACAACAUUCUCAUUUAAAAUUAAUACUUUCUAGGCAUUUGCAAACUUCCAACAGCAAUCAAUUUUCUUGUAACGAAAAUAUGCCUAUUUCAAAGAUUGUAGCUCGUUCAAUUUUUGACUCCAGGGGUAAUCCUACUGUCGAAGUUGACUUGACCAUUGAUAAUGGACCAGUUUUCCGUGCAGCAGUACCGUCCGGUGCUAGUACUGGAAUAUAUGAGGCAUUAGAACUUCGUGAUAAUGAUAAGAGCAAUUAUCUCGGAAAAGGAGUAAAAACUGCUGUUAACAACAUUAACGAUGUCAUUGCACCGGCUCUUAUAAAAGCUGGACUCAUAGUUACUGAACAAAGAGCUAUUGAUGAUAUUAUGUUAAAAUUGGAUGGAACUCCAAAUAAAUCCAAGCUUGGUGCUAAUGCUAUUCUGGGAGUUUCAUUAGCUGUAGCUAAAGCAGGUGCUUUUAGAAAAGGCAUUCCUCUUUACAAACAUAUUGCCGACUUAGCUGGAAAUACAGAAAUUAUUUUACCUGUUCCAGCUUUUAAUGUUAUCAAUGGUGGGUCACAUGCAGGAAAUAAGUUGGCUAUGCAAGAAUUUAUGAUUUUACCUACUGGAGCAAGUUCUUUCACUGAAGCUAUGAAAAUUGGAUCAGAAGUAUACCACACUCUAAAAAAUGUUAUCAAAGGUAAAUUUGGAUUAGACGCCACAGCAGUUGGUGAUGAAGGUGGUUUUGCUCCAAAUAUUCUUGAAAAUAAAGAAGGUUUACACUUAAUUGAAACAGCUAUUGAAAAGGCUGGAUACAAAGGAAAAGUUGUAAUUGGAAUGGAUGUUGCUGCUUCUGAAUUCUAUGUUGAUGGAAAGUACGACUUGGAUUUCAAAAAUAAGUCUGAAAGCAAAGAUAAAAGUCAAAUUAUCUCAACUGAAGCUUUGACAGACUUGUACAAAAAUUUCAUUAAAGAGUUUCCAAUAGUUUCAAUUGAAGAUCCAUUUGAUCAAGAUCAUUGGGAAGCAUGGACUGCACUUACUGCAUCUACUGACAUCCAGAUUGUUGGUGAUGAUUUAACUGUAACCAAUCCAACACGUAUUGCUGAAGCAAUAGAAAAGAAAUCUUGCAACUGCUUGUUGCUUAAAGUUAACCAAAUUGGUACUGUUACUGAAUCCAUUGAUGCACAUUUGUUAGCUAAGAAGAAUGGAUGGGGUACAAUGGUAUCUCAUCGUUCAGGUGAAACUGAAGAUACAUUUAUUGCUGAUUUAGUUGUUGGAUUGAGUACUGGACAAAUUAAGACUGGAGCUCCUUGCCGUUCUGAACGUCUUGCCAAAUAUAACCAAAUACUUCGUAUUGAAGAAGAAUUGGGUAGCAAUGCUAAGUAUGCUGGAAAAAAUUUCCGUAAUCCACAAUCUGGCAAUUAACUAUGAAAUGUAUUUGUAAAAUGUUCAACCAAUAAUUUAAACUUUAUGUAGACAAUUUAAUUUUGUAUAGAAAUAAUA